UAACACCACUUCCGGUUGGCCAGAAAUAUUUGCGCUGCUGCGCGUCAAAAUUCAUGUGAUAAUCACAAGAUAUAAAGGUAUUCUCCAUUUGGGGUCCAAGAUGUCUCCCUACCGAGUGUUCAUUCUAGCUGUUGCAGCUCUUUCAACAGUCCAGUGCCGUUAUUUCACCCCACAAUGCAGCAUGGAUGAAAGACUUCGUUUUGACUGUUUUCCCGAGGCCGGUGCUACAGAAGAAUUGUGUCAGGCGCGAGGCUGUUGUUGGGUUCCUGCAGAAAACAGACCACUGAGACCAGAACCUACUUCCAAACCAACUGGUGUUAAUGCACCUUUAGAUAUUCCCUACUGUUUCUACCCCCUGAACUACGGAUACUCGCUGACUUCGAAAGUCGCGACCAAAACCGGCUACAAGUUGACUUUGCAAAGGCAAGGCCAAGAUGGACCCUACGGAAAUGACAUAAGAAAUUUAGCAGUUGAUGUAGACUUUUGGCAGUCAACGUCUCUGCAUUUCAAGAUAUACGACCCAGCCAACAAGCGUUAUGAAGUUCCCAUCCCAACACCGAUGAUCACACAAAAGAGCAACAGCCAGGACUAUGAUGUCAGCUUUACCUCGUUCCCAUUUGGUAUCUCUGUUACUAGGAAAUCUACUGGGACUGUCCUGUUCAAUAGCACUGUUGGAGGCAUGAUAUUUGAAGAUCAGUUCCUGCAGAUCUCAUCUCUUCUUCCUUCCUCUAACAUCUAUGGACUUGGAGAACAUGCGGAUGCCUUCAAGCUUAAUGUCACCUGGAGAAGGGAUACCAUGUUUGCAAGAGAUGUGGCGACCCCAGAGGGCAUGCAGUACAACUUGUAUGGAGUUCAUCCCUUCUAUUUAAAUGUAGAGAAUGAUGGGAAUGCAAAUGGGCUAUUCCUUCUAAACAGUAAUGCAUUAGAGGUCAUCUUACAGCCAACUCCAGCAAUCACCUACCGGUCACUUGGGGGAGUGUUGGAUUUUUAUAUGUUCCUUGGACCAACUCCAGAGGCUGUCGCCCAACAAUAUAUCACACUGAUAGGCAAGCCCAGACUGCCCCCUUACUGGGGUUUGGGGUAUCAUCUAUGCCGCUGGGGGUAUGGUAACGUAAGCCGCACCAUUACAGUUAAUGACAAUAUGCGACGCUACAAAAUACCUCAAGAUGUACAAUGGAACGAUAUUGAGUACAUGAAAGAUCAUCUGGACUUUACCGUGGACAGUACUAACUGGGGAGGCCUGGGGGACUUUGUCAAGAAGCUUCAUACUCAGUAUGAUCAGCAUUACAUCCCUAUAGUGGAUCCUGGUAUCAGCAACACGCAGCCGAGCGGAUCCUACCCUCCUUACAGCGACGGGCUAGCUAUGGGUGUCUUUGUGAACGCGUCCAACGGUGGUCCGAUCGUAGGACAGGUGUGGCCUGGAAAUACAGUCUACCCUGAUUUCUUCAACCCCUCCACGCAAUCUUACUGGACCAAACAAAUCUCGCAAUUCCACGAUGUUGUCCCGUUUGACGGGCUGUGGAUUGACAUGAACGAGCCGUCCAACUUCGUGCAAGGCUCGACGUCAGGCUGUCCCAACACAAAAUGGGAUAACCCCCCGUACACCCCGCACAUCAUCGGCGAUAAGCUGAUCGACAAGACGCUUUGUAUGUCCGCAAGGCACUACGGGUAUCGGCACUAUGACGUGCACAGUCUCUAUGGUUACACCGAGACCGUCGCUACCAUGAGUGCCCUUGAGAGCAUUCGAGGAAAACGUUCUAUGGUCAUCAGUCGCUCAACGUUCCCUAACAGCGGACAACAUGGCGGCCACUGGCUAGGAGACAACCAGGCCACGUGGGAAAGCAUGUACCUCUCUGUGCCAGGUAUCUUGAAUAUGAACAUGUUUGGGAUCCCUCUGGUUGGAGCUGACAUCUGUGGGUUUUUGGGCAACACCAACUACGAGCUAUGUGCACGCUGGACGCAACUUGGUGCAUUUUUCCCUUUCUCUCGCAACCACAAUACUAAAGGCGCAACUCCACAAGACCCAGCGUCGUUUGGUGACAAAUUCGCCAGUAUGGCAAGGGGCGUCCUUUUGACGAGAUAUCGCAUGCUCCCCUACCUUUACACGCUGUUCUUCGAUGCAUACAACAUGGGUUCGACCGUCGCAAGGCCGCUCUUUUUUGAAUUCCCUAAGGACGCUAAGACGCUUGCCAUCGACCGCCAAUUCAUGUGGGGUUCGUCCCUCCUCGUCACACCCGUUCUGCAGCAGGGUGCCUCUGAUGUGACGGGGUAUUUCCCUGACGCCACGUGGUACAAUGUUUACGACGGAAGCGAGCUACAGCGUGAAGGUAGUGGCGGUCAAUAUCACAAGCUUGGAUGCCCCGUGCUCUGCGACACACCUCUACAUAUCCGCGGAGGGUCAAUCAUAGCCACCCAGAAACCUGACAUCACUACUGCCGCUAGUCGUAAAAACCCGUUCGAACUCAUAGUAGCGAAAACUGGGAAAGAUGGCGAGCCCGCGAAUGGACGACUGUUCCUUGAUGAUGGAGAAUCCCUAGAUCCAGUUGCUAAAGCGCCGUAUCUAAUUGUCUUAUUUACCGCCACCAAGGGUGUUCUCAAGUCUUACCCCAGCACCGAUUACCCAUAUAAGCCUGAGGCUUUGCUCGACGCGGUGUAUGUGUUUGGUAGCGCUCAUGCCCCAGGACAAGUGACCGUCAACGGCCAAAAAAUAACCUCAUUCGCCUAUAAUGGGAACACUAAGGUUCUGUAUAUCUCCAAACUUGGACUUCAGUUGAACCAGCCAUUCACCAUCACUUAUAUCUAAACCAUUGCAGCCUUGAGGGAGAGUGCUUGACACUUACGGAAGCAUAGAUAGAUAGUUAAAUUCUAAUUUCGCUAAUAUAAAUUAAAAUGUUCGCGCUUGGGAUUUCUAUUUAGGCGGUGUAGAGCAAGUGCAAGGGACUGGGAAUGGAGAGAGAGAGAAAGAGACCGAAUGCAGUCGGGGCGAAGGACAAGUAAAUUAACUCUUUCUUAUCCUUAUUCCCAAUCGCACGAUGCCCUUUACCAUUUGUGCUUGCUAAUCAGGAUAUAGGAUAUAAAAGCAAGACAGGACUCAUGUCAUGGGUUAUGCCAUCACGAACCAGUUCAAUGCGUAAAUUGUAAAUUAGUCAGAUAUACCGUAAAAAUAUAUUGUAGAUGACGUCAAAUGUAAAUAAAAUAGCUUGGAUAACUA